AUGCUGAAGAUGUUGAGGAGUCAGCCGCCGAAAAAGAAAGAUGCAAAGAAUUCAGCCAAAGGAAAGGUGUCAGAGGGAGCAGAUGGCCCCUCCGAAGUAUCAAAGGAGCAGCUCCAGGAGCAGAUUGUCCACCUGAAAGAGACGCUAGAGAGGGAAAGGGAGGAGCGCAACUAUUUCCAGCUGGAGAGAGAUAAGAUCCAAAGUUUCUGGGAGAUCACUAAGAAGCAGCUGGAGGAGAGGGCUGCUGACCUGAGGAACAGGGAUAGACAGCUGGAGGAGUCUGAAGAGCAGUUCCAAACAGAAGUCACGACCUAUAAACAGAAGGUGAAACACUUGCUGUACGAACACCAGAGUAGCAUCUCAGAUCUGAAAGCAGACAGGGUUGCUGCUAUAAAAGUGAUACAGAAGCAACACUUAGAGACAGAGUGUGAGUUGCGUGAUAACAUUCGCAAUCUCAAAUCUGAUCUCAAAGAGCAGGAAAUAUCCUAUGAAAACCAAAUGAAGAGCCUGAAGCUGCAACACUGUCAAGAAAUUACCCAAAUACAAAGUGACUUUGAAAGACAAAUACAAGAAAACAAGGCAAAAUAUGAUGACAAGAUGGAGACACUGAGGAAGGAGCUGGAUUUGAUGUGGACAACGGAAGUCCACAAAACUGAGGAAAGGAAGAACAAUCAAAUCACUCUCUUGAUUCGGGAUCAUGAGAAAGCCUUUACCAACAUGAAGAAUUAUUAUAACGAAAUCGUCAUCAGCAACAUGACUCUCAUCAAUGCACAGAAAGAGCAAAUGGAGGCAAUGAAGUGCAAGCUAGAUGAGGGUGAGAAGGAGAACGUGAAAUUGGUGCAACAGAACAAGCGUCUUAAUGAGCCCCUGCAGAAGGCCAAGGAAGAGGUGGCUGAGAUGCAGCGGCAGAUGGCCACCUAUGACAAAGACAAGGCCUCACUUGCUGGGGCCCGGGCACGCUUGAAGGCUGCUGACAAAGAGAUGGCAGAAAUGAAAUGGGAAUAUGAAGUGCUGCAACAGAGAUUCAACAAGCUUCAGGAGGAAAAGGAUGAGCUGUCCCAGAAGUUCACCAAGACCAUCCUGGAGGUGCAACAGAAGAGCAGUUUCAAGGAUCUAUUGGUGAAGAAGCUGAAUACGGUAUCAAAAACGGAGAAAAACAAGGCUGAGGUUAACAAGGUUGGUUCCACCUCCAGCUGGGACCACAAGUCCAUAAUUAUGUUUCUGAUUUGUGAGGAUUUUGUGAACCCUUUGGAGGAGAUGGGGUUCAAGCCCCUGGAGAGCACCAUGGAUGGGAAAACUCAGGGGCAGGAAGAAAGCCGCCCUGAGCUUGAAACAAAAUAUGGCCUGCUUGUGGGGAGGCAAAUCAGAGUCAAAGAAUCCACCCAGACAGUGUUUGCCUACCUUGGAAUCCCUUUCGCCGAGCCCCCAUUUGGAGUGUUGAGAUUCUCAGCCCCCCAGCCACCGAGAGCAUGGCAGGGGCUGAAAAAUGCCACAACCUUUCCUCCCCUGUGCUUACAAAACAUGAAUCACACCAAGCGGAUGUGGGAUUUUUAUGCUGGCAGAUACCCUCCUCUGAGGACCUCAGAGGAUUGCCUUUACUUAAAUGUGUAUACCCCAGUGAAACCAGGGCAGCCCCACCAAUUGCCUGUGAUGGUGUGGAUACAUGGAGGGGGGUUUCUAAUGGGAGGGGCCUCCCUGUAUGAUGGAUCUUCACUGGCUGCUUUUGGGGAUGUGGUCAUUGUCAUAAUCCAGUACCGUCUGGGCAUACCAGGCUUUUUAAGCACUGGAGACAGCCAGGCCACCGGAAACAUGGGGCUGCUGGACCAGGUCUGCGCGCUGCGCUGGGUGCAGGAGAACAUCCACAGCUUUGGUGGAGACCCUGGAUCUGUCACUAUCUUUGGGGAGUCUGCUGGUGGGAACAGUAUCUUCUUGCAUAUGCUGUCUCCUAUGUCAUCUGGGCUGUUCCAUAGGGCCAUCAUUCAGAGUGGAGUACCUCUGAUCCCUCUCAUCAUAACUAGUGACUCCAAAUCCACAGCACAGCUAUUGGCUGAGAAGGCUGGCUGCACCAUUGGAGACUCAGCUGACAUUAUGCAGUGUUUCAGGAAGAGAACACCACAGGAGAUCGAAGCUGCAACUCCAUGGCUAGGGGAUAUGGUGUUGAUUUUGUCACUAGAUGGGGAGUUUGUAACCAAAGACAUAGAAGAGCGAAUCCAAAGAAGGAGCUUCAAAAAUGUUCCAUGGAUCACAGGCAUAAAUAGCCAUGAGUUUGGCUGGAUGCUGCCUCAUGGUUUGUCUGGUCAUGCACAAGAGAUUUUAGUGGAUGAGUACUUUGGAAAAACUGAGAAUCCUGACACAAUAAGGGAUGCCUUAUUGGAUCUGAUUGGAGAUUUAAUAUUUGUAUUCCCUGCUGUCAAAGGAGCAAGAGAUCACAGAGAUGCAGGAUUCACAACAUACUUCUAUGAGUUCCAGCAACGUCCUUCCAUGUAUGGGGAUAACAGACCUGACUUUGUGAAAGCGGAUCACUUUGACGAAGUUGGCUUUGUGUUUGGUGCCCCCUUCUGGACGGAAGACAUAGUGAUGCUAGAUAGGACUAGUGAGGCAGAAAGACAUCUGAGCAAGACGAUGAUGAAAUACUGGACCAACUUUGCAAAGACAGGGAACCCAAAUGGAGAGGGUCUACUCGAAUGGCCAGUAUUCAACGAGGGUGAGAAGUACCUGCAGCUUAAUUUGACCAUUAAGCUUGGAACCAUGGCAGAGAGGCGCAGACUGACAUUCUGGACUGAACAGUUCCCCAAGAAACUACACUCUCAAAAUAAUCUGUCCAGACGCAGUGACCUAUAG